GAGGGAAGGAGACGUGUCCCACUCUCAGAUGGAGGCAGGCAACACUGGUGGCAACAUGGGGGGGAAAGCAGACAUGGAAAUGCCAGAAAACCCAUUCGAGCCGUACAUUGAAUCCCUGCGACAGCAGCUGGAGGACCAGGACCCCGUGUUUCUGAUCGGAGUCAUCGUCGCUCUGGCGGCCGUUGUCAUCACCUGUGUGUUUCUGAAGUACUUUCUCUCCAGUAAAACUGUCCGGAGUGCAGUCCUGCUGGUCGGGCUGUGCGACGCUGGGAAAACCCUCCUGUUCAGCCGGCUGUUGUCGGGAAAGUUCAAGCGGACACAGACCUCCAUCACUGACAGCAGCGCUCCAUACAGAGCUAAGAACGAAAGGGGAAGCACCUGGACGCUCAUUGACCUGCCUGGACACGACAGUCUUCGCUCGCAGUACCUGGAGAAGUUCAAAUCUUCAGCCAGAGCGAUUGUGUUCGUCGUGGACGCUGCUGUCUUCCAGAAGGAGGUGCGGGACGUGGCUGAGUUCCUGUACAUCUUAUUGACGGACGCCGUGAUCUCCAGGAAUGCUCCAGCUCUCCUGAUAGCAUGCAACAAACAAGACAUCACCAUGGCCAAAUCAGCUAAACUGAUACAACAGCAGCUGGAAAAGGAAUUGAACACCUUGCGAGUGACGCUCUCUGCAGCCCUGAGCUCUCAGGACGGCGCUGUGGGCAGCAGCGUGCAUCUGGGGAAAAAAGGCAAAGACUUUGAGUUCAGCCAUCUGCCCCUGAAGGUGGAGUUCUUGGAGUGCAGCGCCCGCGGCAGCAAGGGAGAAGAGGGGGAUUCAGACAUGGAGAGUCUGGAGAAGAGUCUGGCUAAACUGUAAAGCCACUCCAUGUCCUCCGUGCAGAAUUUGCCUCCGGCCCAGACCUCAGUAAUCACAGGAGGGGUGACAUCUCAAUGGAGGAUUUAUUUGAACGGAGUUACCGGACAAACAUGGUCCUUUGUGCUGGCUAUCAAUGUAAAACUUAAUUACAUUAAAAGGUGGAAAAACUUUUGAGACCGAUUCAAUUAAAAAAGACAAAGUAAUGCAAUGGAAAAUGAUGUCACAGUUCAUAAGGUCGCUCUGCAGUGCUGAGAAAUGAUUGUGUGCUUAUUCAGUGCAAAUGUUGAGUAAAAUAUCUGGUUUGAAGAAUUCAUUUAGAGUAAAAUAUUUGCUGUUGCUGCAAUUUCAAGAAAUAUGACUAGGCUGUCAGUUUCACCAUUUUUGUUUUAAGCUUUUCUCAGCUAGUCUUGACUGAUGCGCUCCCUUGUGAAAAAGAGGCGUGAAUUGGAUUCAUUAAUUUACUUGGACAGUGAGACUUGUGCCUUGUAUUUCUAGUGUUCUUAUAGAAGUGUUGUGCUCGUUUGCAAUAGGAUGACGGUUUACUUGUUUGAAAGUGUUGCGUGAAUACAGUGUAUUUGCAAAGAAUGUAUGAAUUUGAGAUUUUGUAUCAUGUAAAAAAACAGGCAAUAUAAAGUUGUUGGUCUUGAUUUGCAAA